AUGGCUUCCUCCUUCGUCAAACCAGCGUUCUCAAUGGGUGGCUUUGAAACGACUAUUUCCCCCUUGGAUGUGAUUCCCGAUCCAAGCCUCCCGGCAGAGACCUCGCUCCACCAGAAUGUCUUGGAUACUGCAAUCAAACCGUCGGCGUAUCAGUUUUCGGGUGAAAAAUCCUACGCUUACACCUUUGCAUACUGCGGCAACAUCCCCGACAGCAGUUCUAGUCCGAUGCCACUGUGUGGGGGUAGACCGGAAGGUGCCUAA